GCCAGCCUUGGGCAGUCGAACAAUAAUGAUGGGCCGCAGCCGGAGCCAGGAACCCAAAGCCCGGAGAGCUUUGCCAAGUCUUUGUUGGACGGAGGCUCGCCCUUGACUCGUGAGCAGAUCCUUAGACUCUUCGAAAGGUUGCCGCGCGAGGAACCACCGAGGAAACCAGAUGACGACCGGCAGUGCAGUUCAUUCACAACCGGUGCGUACUGCAAAGGUUCUCUUGUGGGUCUGAGGCAUAACACUGUUGCGUUGCCAUUUGCUACCACUGUCUUGACCAAGUACUUGCAGCAACUUGCCCCAGGUUUCUUGGCCUCGGCAAUAUCGAUUUUUGAAAACGUUCGCACUCCCGUGCAUCGGGACGCUCGGAACGCACACCAGCCGAACUUAGUGGCGCCACUUUCUGCCUUCACCGGAGGGCAAAUCUGGCAGGAGCAAGAAGGUGGCGAUGCGUGGGAGGACACACCUGACGGGGCAAGGCCAGGGACACUACUAGAGGUUUGCCAUGGCCCGAUCACGUUUGAGGCUUGGCGUGUGUACCAUGCCACGCGUCCUUGGUCGGGCCGAAGAGUGGUCCUUGUGGCAUACGUGACAGAUAAGACAGAUACCUUGGACCCGCCCGACAUCGAGCGCCUCUUGAGCUUGGGAUUCUUGUUGCCCACGACGAACAAGGCGGGAAGCGCUGAGACAUCAGAAGCCAUAGCGACCCAGGCCCACGGGCCCAAAGAACCUGUGGCAGACCAACCUGUUCAGUUUAAGCCUGAAGCCUGUGGCAACCGGGGCCAGCCCAUUCAAGUUGAGUGGGAGGGCCAGUGUGCAGACAUCACUGAUGGCUUUGGACUGUGCUCGCCCUCUCGGUGGCGGCCUAUGGACCGUGGACAUCGCUUGAGCCCGCAAGCUACCGCGCACGCCCAGUCAAUGUAUCGCAUGGUGACGCAAUUCAUCACCGAACAUGUGCCAGAUCCGAAACAUCUGUGCAUGAGCAUCCUCUCAGGCAAACUUGAGGCAUCACCGUUCGCUGGAGAGAAGAUUCAGGGCCUUCGUGCGAGCUGGGCUGAGCUUUUGGGUGCCGGGCAAGGAGAUGACAUUUUGGAGAUCCCAGAGGCCCAACCUUUCUUGUUGAAAGCCUUGUCCAGGACCGCUGAGCGCUUGUGCGACCCAGAUUGGGAAAUCCUCACUGAGGGCACCGAUUGCUUCUGCACCGGGGAAAAGUUGGGACGCAUGGUGCCCACUACCAUGGGGGCCUUGCGGGCCGAGUACGAGGAGGACAUGAUCCGCGUGGCAUCCAUGGGCGCCAUAGCUAAACCGGAUGGGAGCGUGAGGCCGUUACACGACGGGACACACGGAGUUCAAGUGAAUAAUCACAUUCACCUUGUAAAUCAACUUGCUGUGCCCGGGCCGGCCGAGAUGGCAUUUUCGGUGCGGCAGUCCGGGGCGAUGCUGGAGGUGCCACUUGCCGUGACGGCCGAUGUCAGUGCAGCCCAUAGGCUGGUCCUUCACAGGUUGUACGGCAUCAUAGGCCGAGUCGUCGCCAGGUGCCUACUGCAGCAUGCUUUCUUCCACUUUGCCUACGUCGAUGAUGUGCACCCGACCUUCUACGGCCGGCGCAUGUACACCAACUUCUUGGUCUGGUUGAUCUUGCAGGAAAUGAUUGGGGUCCCGUUUGCAUACCAUAAGUUUAAGGGAAAAACCUUGGUCGCCUUUAUCGGGUAUGAGCUGGAUUACGGUUCCAAGCUGAUCGGCUUGAGCGAGGCCCGUGGGGCCUGGGUGAAAGGGUCGAGGAAGCGCGCGGCGCGCGCUUUGUUGUGUCAGUGA